AUGCUGGUGUUAUCGGCUCUGCCAGUAGCUCUGGCUGUCCUGGCCGUGGCUCCCUCGGCGCUUGCGUUCGGCCGGCGCUCGCCUCGCUCUGAGGACACCAGUCUCGGCGUGCACCACUGCGCCAACCACCAGCCCCACACGCUCGACCGCUACCCAGUGGGCGGGCCGGCCGCCGGCUGCGGCACCGUGGUCCGGCGCGGCGUCACAGAGACAGAGCGGGACGAGGUCGUCUCGGCGCACAAUGUCAUCCGACGCGCCGUGCGACACGGCCGCUACGCCGACCAGAACCUACCGGCGGCCAGCGCGCUGCCCGAGCUGCGCUGGGACGACGAGCUGGCGCUGGUCGCGCAGCGCUGGGCCGACCAGUGCCGCGGCGGACACGACCAGUGCCGCGACGUGGCCCGAUUCCCGGUCGGCCAGAACUUCGCCUUCGUGUGGAGCGGCGGCCGGCAGAACUGGACGGCCGAGGCGCUGCACCAGUGGUUUGCCGACGAGUUGCCGCGAUUCCGGCAGGCCGACCUGGAGUUCCGCGGCGGCCAGGACCCCGUGUCGGGCGGCUACACGGGCCACCUGACCCAGCUGCUGUGGGCCGACACCCGGCGCGUCGGCUGCGGCUUCAUGGCCGUCGCCGAUCCCGUCUUCUGCGAGCGGCGAACCUACGUCUGCAACUACGGACCGGCCGGCAACGUGCUCUUCGAGCCCGUCUACCCGACCGAGGCGUCAUCGAUUGGACCGACAGAGUGGGAGCAGGGAGAGGUUUGA